ACAGUAUAUCACUAAACGCAAAAAUAAUAUCCCCUGCCAACACUCGAAACAUAACAACACAAUGGGCUCUUCUUCUCCACUAACAAGGCGAAACAGAGCACCAUCCUCUGUUCUUCUUACCUUCUUCUGUUUCAUUCUCUGUUUCUCACAUUCAUCUAACGCUCAAACCAAGCCCGUUUUCGCCUGCGAUGUCGACACAAACCCAUCUCUCGCAGCUUACGGAUUCUGCAACACUGUUCUGAAGAUCGAGUACAGAGUCGCUGAUCUUGUCGCGAGGCUCACGCUACAAGAAAAGAUAGGGUUUUUAGUGAAUAAAGCUAACGGCGUGACGCGGCUUGGUAUUCCGACGUAUGAAUGGUGGUCGGAAGCACUUCACGGCGUUUCUUACGUAGGACCCGGUACACAUUUCUCCGGCCUAGUUCCCGGCGCAACGAGCUUUCCGCAGGUCAUACUCACCGCCGCUUCUUUUAACGUAUCUCUGUUUCAAGCCAUUGGCAAGGUUGUCUCGACCGAGGCGAGGGCAAUGUACAACGUUGGAUUAGCUGGUUUAACUUACUGGUCACCGAAUGUCAACAUAUUCCGAGAUCCGAGAUGGGGAAGAGGACAAGAAACUCCUGGAGAAGAUCCAUUGCUUUCUAGCAAGUAUGCUUCAGGAUACGUUAAGGGUCUCCAAGAAACUGACUGUGGAGAUGCUAACCGCCUCAAAGUUGCUGCAUGCUGCAAACACUACACAGCUUACGAUGUUGAUAAUUGGAAAGGCGUAGAACGUUACAAUUUCAACGCCGUGGUGAAUCAACAAGACAUGGACGAUACAUAUCAACCACCGUUCAAGAGUUGUGUGGUUGAUGGGAAUGUGGCUAGUGUUAUGUGUUCUUAUAAUCAAGUUAACGGUAAACCAACAUGCGCUGAUCCGGAUCUACUUGCUGGUGUUAUCCGCGGCGAGUGGAAGUUAUACGGGUACAUUGUUUCAGAUUGUGAUUCAGUAGAUGUGUUGUAUAAGAACCAACACUAUACUAAAACUCCAGAGGAAGCUGCAGCUAUAUCUAUCAAUGCAGGUUUGGACUUGAACUGUGGUUCGUUCUUGGGUCAACACACAGAAGCUGCUGUUAAAGCCGGUUUGGUAAGCGAGGCAGCUAUCAACAAAGCUAUUUCAAACAACUUUUUGACCCUUAUGCGGUUAGGAUUCUUCGACGGAGAUCCAAAGAAACAAAUCUACGGCGGGCUAGGUCCUAAAGACGUUUGCACGCCGGCGAACCAAGAGCUAGCCGCAGAAGCAGCGAGACAAGGCAUUGUCCUGCUGAAAAACACCGGAUGCUUACCUCUCUCUCAUACAACGAUCAAAUCACUAGCCGUGAUUGGACCGAACGCUAAUGUCACCAAAACAAUGAUCGGAAACUACGAAGGCACGCCGUGCAAGUACACAACGCCGCUUCAAGGAUUGGCCGGGACCGUGCCAACAACGUAUCUACAAGGAUGUUCCAAUGUGGCUUGCGCGGUGGCGGAUGUAGAAGGCGCCACGAAGCUAGCCGCAGAUGCGGAUGUGACGAUGUUAGUGAUGGGUGCGGAUCAGUCUAUAGAGGCAGAGAGCCGUGAUAGAGUUGAUUUGAACCUUCCUGGACAACAACAAGAGCUGGUGACACAAGUGGCUAAAGCUGCUAAAGGACCUGUCUUGCUUGUGAUCAUGUCUGGUGGAGGCUUUGAUAUUACUUUCGCUAAGAAUGAUCCGAAGAUCGCCGGAAUCUUGUGGGUUGGUUACCCCGGAGAAUCUGGUGGUAUAGCCAUCGCUGACGUCAUCUUUGGCCGUUACAACCCAAGUGGAAGGUUACCGAUGACGUGGUAUCCACAAUCCUACGUGGAGAAAGUUCCGAUGACUAAUAUGAACAUGAGACCCGAUACCUCAAACGGGUAUCCGGGUCGGACUUACCGGUUCUACACCGGAGAAACAGUUUACUCCUUCGGAGAUGGACUCAGCUACACCAAGUUCAGCCACAGCUUAGUCAAAGCUCCACGUGUCGUCUCUCUCCGUCUUGAAGAGAAUCACGUUUGCCGAUCAUCGGAGUGUCAAUCUUUGGAUGCGGUUGGACCACACUGCGAGAACACUGUCUCCGGUUUCGAGGUUCAGGUUAAGGUAAGGAACGGUGGGGAGAGAGAAGGGGUUCACACGGUGUUUUUGUUCACGACGCCGCCGGAGGUUCAUGGAGCGCCGAGGAAGCAUCUUUUGGGGUUUGAGAAAAUUCGUUUGGGGAAGAUGGAAGAAGCGGUGGUUAAGUUUAAGGUUGAUGUCUGUAAAGAUCUAAGCGUUGUCGAUGAGAUCGGUAAGAGGAAGAUUGGUUUGGGUCAGCAUCGUCUUCACGUUGGUGACUUGAAACAUUCUUUGAGUAUUAGAAUCUGAUUCUAGUGGAUUUUAAUUUUUAAAUUAAAAUGAAAAAAAUUGUAAACAUGCUUAAGCUUUAUGCAAGUUGGAAUAAAACUGAAAUUGUGAAUUGUCGUU